AUGGCGCCUCCCGGCUGUGCGCAUGCGCCCGCCGUCCCCCUGGGCGGGGCGGGGGGAGACACGGGCUCCCCGGAGGCCGUCGGCGAUUGGCCGGGAGCGGCGGCCGCGCGCAGGCGCACGGGGGCCGGGCUCGGCGGCUGGAGGGCGCCGUCGCCAUGGAGACCCGCCGGCGCCGUCCGUUACGUGAUGACGCAGGCGCGAAGAGAAGGAGAAGGAGGAGGAGGAGGAGGAGGACCAGAAGGAGAAGGAGCAAGAGCAGCAGGAGAAGGAGGCCCCAUAGGCGGACCAGGCCCAACAGACUUGGAGGCCAAGAGGCGGCGUAAGAUGGCAGAGCUGGAGCGCGCGGUCAGCCGCCAGCCCCCGGACGUGGCCGCCCUGCGACGCCUGGCCAUCAGCGACGGCGGCCUCCUCGACGACCGCUUCCGCCGCCGCGCCUGGCCCACCCUCCUCAACGUCCCCGCCGGGACCCACCCCCCGCCCCUGCCCGGGAAGGAGCUACGGGAGACCAGCCCGGAUUUCCAGCAGGUUUUCCUGGACGUCCGACGUUCCCUGCGACGCUUCCCCCCCGGGAUGCCGGCGGAGCAGCGCGAGGGAUUGCAGGAGGAGCUGGUGGAUGUGAUCCUGUGGGUGCUGGCGCGCAACGGGCAGCUGCACUACUACCAGGGCUUCCACGACGUGGCCGUCACCUUCCUCCUGGUCCUCGGCCCCGGGCUCGCCGCCCAGCUCCUCGACAAGCUGGCCACCCACCACCUCAGGGACUUCAUGGACCCCACGAUGGACAACACGAAGCACCUCCUCAACUACCUGUCGCCCAUCCUGGAGCGAACGAACCCCGACCUCCACGACUUCAUGCAGAGCUCGCAGGUGGGCACGGUGUUCGCCCUGAGCUGGCUCAUCACCUGGUUUGGCCACGUCCUGUCCGACCUGCGGCAGAUCGUCCGGCUCUACGACUUCUUCCUGGCCUGCCACCCGCUUAUGCCCAUCUACUUCGCCGCUGUGAUCGUCCUGCACCGCGAACAGGAGGUGCUGGCCUGCGAGUGCGACAUGGCGUCGGUCCACCACCUCCUGGCCCAGCUCCCCCAGGACCUGCCGUACGAGCGGCUGGUCAGCAGGGCCGGCGACCUCUUCGUCCAGCUGCCCCCGUCCAAGCUGGCCCGCGUCGCCGCCCAGCAGCAGCAGCAGGAGCAGCAGCGGGAGGACCACAGGACGGCGACGUCAACGUUCGAGGACUUCGAGCUGGCCUCGGCCCAGCGGCGGCCGGACGCGGUGCUGCGCCGGCGGGGGUCCGGGGGCCGCGGGGGCCGCUGGUCUCGGGGCCGGCCGCAGGGGCGGCCCGACGGCGGGUCCCUGCGGGGCCGGGGCCCGCCGCCCCGCCUGGUGAAGCUGGCCGUCAUGGGGCUGACGGUGGCUCUGGGCGCCGCCGCCCUGGCCGUGGUGAGGACCGCGCUCGACUGGGCCCCUAAACUGGACGUGCGCCUCUUCCCCUGACCGGCCGGCCCGCGGCCCGAGACACGGCGCCACGGGGGACUGACCCGUCCGCCGGACGCCCCCGGCCCACACACCAUGUUCCGGCCGAGGCCCCGCCGGGGACGAGCGAGGAAGUCGCCGCGGGCACCGAGUCGUCUGCUGGUCAUCACACUCCAUCCCGGCCCCACAACUGUGACCCCGACUUUGCCCCCCAACCCACUCCCUUCCCACACCUCACGCCCCCCACCCCGCUCAGGAAUUCCCAGGGGCCCGGAGCCGGCACGCUCAGGCCUCGGGUCCCCGCAGAUGCCGGAAGCAAUUUGUAGCCCCCUCUCCCGCCCCACCCCAUCCAUCCCCCUUGGAAAAAUAGCUCUUAACCAAACAGGCCUCAAGGGCCGGAAGAGGACGCUUCCCGCUUCCCCCAGCCCGACGUCUGAGGAUCCGGGGGUCAGAGAGGACCCCCCGCCAAAGCUAGGAUGGAAGACGGCAGGGUGAGGAGGGUCCGGUGGGGGGGACACCCUCCCCGCCGCUUCAGCCCCCGACACGGCCGGGGAAGAGAAGUGCCUUUAGUUUCGGGGGACGCGUCGGGGCCCCGAGACCCUCCCUCCGCCCCGGGGCUCUGCGGCCGGCGGACGUUUCACUUUGGCACUUUAAAAGGGGGCAGAGGGUGAGCUCUGCCCCCCAAAACCAUUUCCCACAGCCCCCCGUCCCCAGCCCCAACCCCGGACCACAGGGCGGCCCUUUUGUGGGGAGGGGACAGCGCGGGCGUCGCGGCUUGUACGGAGCCGCGCGCGCAAUAAAGCAACCGCGGGGACUCA